AUGAAUUUCAGAACUCAUGUCUACAACAUCCGACAUCAAUACAAAGCAUACCGACAGUGUAUCGAUGGUCUUACUGGAACUGAAGUAGCUUUACAUAUAGAUUUUAGUGAGAACUAUGCCUUGUCUUCUAAUCAGAACCAUGGACCUUCUGCGAUCUGGGCUCACCUGCGCCCAAUUCUUUCUGAAGUAAAAAAUAAACAUCCUGUUGUAACAACGGUUCACUUUUUUUCUGAUGGAUCUGCGACCCAGUAUAAGGAGAAGAUUAAUUUCUACCUAAUGGCAAAUAGGUUUUUCGAAAAUUACGAGUUUCGUAAAAUAUCUUGGAACUUUUUUGAGUCAGGUCAUGGGAAAGGAGCUGCCGAUGGAGUUGGUGGAACCUUAAAACGCCAAGCUGAUGCUAUAGUAGCUAGAGGGGCAGAUAUUGCAGACGCAUAUGAAUUUUUUUCUACACUUCAAGAUGUCAGCAAAAUUAAGUUGUUUAUGGUGACAGACGAAGACAUUGAAAACGUUGCAAAAACUAUUCCCAGUAAAAUUAUACCCCUGAAAGGAACUAUGCAAAAGUUUUACAGAAACUCGUGGAAUAUUAAACUAUAG